AUGUCUCUGACAGCUGAACCAGCACAAGCUCAAGUUCCAGCAGCUGGUGGCAAAUCAACUCAUCAGCUGAACAAUUCGGGCGAUCAGAAGAUGAUCUUCAAGGUGAAGAGCUCAAACAACAAUGAGUAUCGUGUGAAUCCCGUCUUCGGAUUCGUCGACGCCUCUGGAAACACUAGCAUUGAGGUUACUCGUUUGGCCGGUGCUCCGAAAGACGACAAGUUGGUUGUGCAGUUCGCACCGGCGCCUGCUGACGCUACCGACGCCCAGGCGGCGUUUGCUCAAGUUCAACCUACUGGCAACGUCACCAUUACCCUUAGCGCUACCUAA